CGAUGUAAUUAAUACGACAUUUUAAAUCCAAAGAUGAAUUGUUUAAUUACAUUUGCUGUUGUUUUCUCCAUUAUUAUAGUGGAUACUUAUGAAAGUUUCGGAUUCAAGCAAUUGAAAAAAUUAUCUGUGACCGAGAAGAGAACCAUAGAAGAUGUGGUAGAUGUAGAGGAGUUUGAAAUAGAUUCUACACAACCGUGUCCGGUGAUUGAAUGUGUGGUAGUGACUGAUGGUCACGUAUCUCAACAUUUUAGCGAAGAAAGAAUAAAAACUGAUGUAAAAGAGGCUGUUCGUUUGAUACAGGAAGAAUACCUCGAUGAGUUAGAACUCAAUCUAACGCUUCGUUUGAUUGGACAUAUCUUCUAUACAAACGAAACCGAACCGGAUUACAUUAAAGAGAGUCUCUAUAAUCUCAAAACCAUCGCUGGUAAUAUCCUUUCUAACAUGAGAGCGAUUAAAGACCAUCCUCUUGUAUCAAGAGCAGAUGCUGUUGUGCUUCUAACUACACGUGAUGCAAUUUAUUCUCUACCAAAGCCAGGAGAAGAACCAUCUUACAUCGGUGGCUUGGCUUACUUAGGAGCUGCUUGUAAUCCGGAUUCCAAAUUUGCAUUAGCACUAUUUAGCCAUCUUAUGCAGUAUAUGGUUGAUACCUUUAUUCACGAACUUGGACACCUAAUCAAUAUUAAUCACGAUUGGGAAGCUAAAAAUUGCUCACCCAAAUUGCUACCUGGAAAAAAACGUUAUUCUUAUUGCGCUAAGAAAGGCGUAACAGAAUUUUUAGAUACACACUCGUGUUUUCUUGAUCACUGUGACAAUGGUGAGAAAUGAGAGUGGAUAUCUCCAUAAAUCGACUACGUCAUCGAUUGACAAUAAUUGUUCCUAUAUUAAA